UAUUUGCUCGCGCAUUACGCGGAAAUCCUGCUACGUAAUAUCGACGUUAGAUGUCAGGAUGUCGUUGAUAACGUUGCACGUGUUACGUUGCCGAGGUUUAAAUAAGUUGGCUACUCCGAUCAGAUUGGCUGCGACCGGCACUCUACUAACAAACGUAAGACCGUGCUCUCUAUUUAAGAAAUACGUAAGAGAAAUGUCAUACACAACGAUUGAAAGAGGUGCACCAAACACCACCGAUUACAGGAUUUAUUUUAGAAAUGAUGCUGGCCCAAUUUCUCCCAUGCAUGACAUUCCACUUUAUGCUGAUGAAGCUAAUAAAAUACUAAAUAUGAUCGUUGAGAUACCAAGAUGGACAAAUGCAAAAAUGGAGAUCAAUCUUAAAGAAACAUUGAAUCCUAUUAAACAAGAUGUUAAAAAGGGCAAAUUGAGAUAUGUCGCCAAUUGCUUCCCUCAUCAUGGAUAUAUUUGGAAUUAUGGUGCUCUGCCACAAACAUGGGAAAAUCCUGAAGUAUUGGAUGAAGCUACUGGAUGCAAAGGAGAUAAUGAUCCCAUUGAUGUUCUUGAGAUAGGUUACAGGGUUGCCAAAAGAGGAGAGAUCUUGAAGGUAAAAGUUUUGGGUUGUGUUGCACUUAUUGAUGAAGGCGAAACAGAUUGGAAGAUUAUUGUUAUUGAUGUCAAUGACCCUUUGGCAGAGCAAAUGAAUGAUGUAUCUGAUAUUGAGAAGCAAUAUCCUGGUUUGAUGAAAGCUACCAUUGAAUGGUUCAAGAUUUAUAAAAUACCAGAUGGUAAACCAGAGAAUCAGUUUGCAUUUAAUGGAGAGGCAAAACCAAGAGACUUUGCUUGGCAUAUAGUCGAGGAAGUACAUCAACAUUGGCAGAAUCUCAUUAAACGAGAAGCUCCUGCAGGAGGAAUUGCAUGCACUAAUACGACAGUGGCAGGCAGUCCUUUCAAAACAACCACAAAAGCUGCUGAUGAAGUAAUAGAAAAAGCUCCAGAAGCAUCCGAGGCUCAGACAGUAGAUCCCAUUGUCGAUAAAUGGCAUUACGUGCAUCUUAAGUGAGAAUAAAGGGGUAUUUUUACAUCAAUAUAUCUAUUGAUGUCUACAACACAUGCUUGUUUUUAUGGCACACAAUGGAAUACCACGUAUUACCCCCACUUUCAUCAUAAGUUUUGAUACAUUCGAUAGUUAGUAUUUAAAUGCUAUUGCAUGUGCUUGCAGUAUCGAAACAAGCAACACAUUCGCGCAAUCAACUUGCACCUGUAUCUUAUUUAUUUUAAUAUAUUUGUGUUUGUUAAAUUGGAAAAUAUGUGUACAAAGUUUUGAAAAUCUGUAUCUUGAUUACGGAUCGAAACUUAUUACUGUACUGUAUGUAUGUAGACAUAACGGACAGUAGAAACUAAAUAUACUCUUAGUAAAGGUUGUGAUACAACUUUGUAUGGCCGGCUAUUCAAUAAUAGGGUAUUCUAGACCAAUAAAUCUAUUUUCCCAUACAAUUUAUUAUAUUACGGAUACAAUGUAAUACAAUAAAUUCAUUUGCGAUUUAAA